UGAAGACUUAAAGUCAGGCCUUGAGUUAAUGAGUAGAUGAGGUAGGCUAUUGUACUCUGCUUUCCUGUCAGGUUGAGGAGAUAAAUGUACAAGUUUCCGGGAUUACCCUGAACGCCUCUCGAUAAGUAUGGUGAUAAGGAGUCCUGCAGUGCACGCAGCUGCUGCCUGAAGAGAAAGUGACGGUUGGGGACGAGCAGAGGAAAACAAAGCGAACUGCGGGGCGGCGCGCUUUCUCAUUUUAUAUAGGUUGGUGUAAAAGCCACGGAGAGAGUCUCCGCGUUUCCUGUUUUUAAAAAGUCCACUCCAGCCGACCUUUAAAUGCUCCAAACUCACUGACUGACGGAGUUUCCAGUCGAGGACAGCCAGAGACGCGACAGUCAUGGAGAAUGGGAAGAGCCGCUUGCAGCAGGCACAGGAGGAGGCAGAGGAGGUGAAGGAGAUCAUGCUGGACAACAUGAACAAAGCUGAUGAGAGAACCGGCAAACUGACCGAUUUGGAGGAUCGGGCUGAAGAGCUGAUGGAAAAGGGUAAAGUUUUUGAGAAGACUACCCUGAAAGUGAAGCAACAGAAAAGAUGGGACAACAUGAAGAUGAAAAUCAUUUUUAUCAGUGUCGGAGUGGUAGCAGGAAUCAUCAUCUUGACACUUAUAAUUUAUUACAGUCUUUGACGGCCAAUGAAAACAGAAUCUCCGUGACAAUUGAAAGGGAAAAGACUGCAGGACAUGAAACAAAAGGUGAAGGUCAAGGAAGUGAGGAACCGUCACUGUGGGAUUCCAGCAGUUUGUCUGAGCUGCUCAGACAGCAAUACUUAUACGUUAAGAGAUAUUUAUAGGAGGAUUACUGCUUUUAACUGGUUUAAAACUUCAGGUGAUAUGGUACCAUUUAUUGUUUGUCUCCUUCCUUUUUGUUCCUGUUUUUACAGGUCUUUUCAUAGUGCACAUUCGAAGGUGGAAACUGCAUGUAGGAUUUAAGCGUUUAAAGGUUUUACUGGCCCCUUUUUUUGAAUCCAUGUAAAUAAGWCCUCUAGCAUCAGCCUUUUUUGUAGCAAAGCCAUGAAUUAAAAAUAUUUGAAGCACAUACCGAUGGAUUCAUUUUCAGGAAGAAUGUAUUGGACUACAAGAGAUAAGCUGAAACUUUUGCCACAUCUUUUCAUAGUUUUUACGCUUUGAAUAGGAGAAAAAAACGUGUAAUAAAACAUUUUUGCAUAUUAAAGCUUGUUUUUAAUGUUUUA